AUGGAUUUGGCUUGCCAGGAAGUUCCGCCGUGGACCUUAGGUGUUAUUGUAGGAGCUUUUCUCGACCUUGCUCUGGCUUAUUUCCUGCUAUGUGUAUCUACUUUUGUGUUUUUUGCAUCGAAAUUUUUGAAGAUUUUUUGGGUUUAUUUGCCAUGUCCUUGUAAUGGGUUCUUGGGGUAUAGAAACCGUGAUCUUUGCUUGCAUAAGUUACUUAUUGAUGGGCCAGUUGCAAGGAUCCGUGUUGUUCAGGAGUUGGUGAAGAGCAAGUUCCCUUUUGAUGUUGUUUGGUCUAAGGAUCAAAGGUCCAACUUGAAUUUGAAAUUGAUUAGAGAUGUGAAUUGUGAGAAUGGAGUUCAUGAGUUUGAAAGUGAAGCAUAUUCUAGUGCGUAUUCAAGUCCAAAAUUGCAAAAUUUGGUUGAUAGGGAAAGUGGGUAUGAUACCAAGGGGAAGAGGAUUAUGGUUCUAAAGAAAAGGCCUGGAAUUCGACGCUCUAGGAGGGCUGCUCCUGAAUACGGAAAGCUUCCUUCUCCAUUGUCAAAUGAUAGUUUGAGGUCAGCUGCUCGUAUAUUCCCCUUUCCAUGUGAUGACAGAGAUACAAGAGAGACAUCUGGUGAAAGCUCAGUUGCCGUAGCUGGGAGAGAAGAUGGUUCUCAGGAUGAUGCGAAAGCACCAACUGGAGAUAAUAUGGAGGAAUGCCAAACUUCUAAGUUGAGUGGACCAGCUGGUGAGAGUAAGGGUGUGGACAUAAAAGAAAAGGCUCCUAUUGUUGGAAACGAAAUGGAUACAAUCAGGAUAUUGCAAGAAGCGCUGCAAAAAGAGAGAGCUUCUUGUGCUGCUCUUUAUCUGGAGCUAGAGAAAGAGAGAGGUGCUGCUGCAACUGCUGCUGAUGAAGCGAUGGCCAUGAUAUCUCGUCUGCAAAAGGAUAAAGCAUCAAUAGAAAUGGAAGUGAGACAGUACCAAAGGAUGAUAGAAGAAAAGUUUGUUUAUGAUGAAGAGGAGAUGGAUGUUCUGAAAGAGAUUCUUCUUAGGAGGGAGAAGGAGAACCAUUUCUUGGAGAAGGAAGUUGAAGCAUAUAGGCAGAUGAGCUUUUCAGGAAAAGAACAAUGUAAUGGUGAUUUGAGUGAUAUGUUGCGUGAAUUGGGACAAAAGCCUUCAUCUUCAUUUAAUACAGAUCCUCUAAUGAUGCUGCAGCAGACUGAUGAUACUAAAUAUAACUGUAAGAAAUUCGGAGAUAUUGCAGAUAGUAAUUCUGAAUAUGAGGCUUCAUUUGUUGAAAAACAAAUCCAUCAUAAUGGGCAUGGUUCAAUUGAGAAAUGUGUUAUUUCAGCAGGGGAAGAAAAAGUACACACGGAUGAUGUAAUGUACCAAGGAAUGACCACUCAAGCAUCCCAGGAGAAUAUUGAUAUUGAGAAAACCUUAUAUUCUGAUGAUGAAGAGCAGCAGCAACGUGGGAAUCUUGAGAGCAGUUUGCAUAGUUCAAUGCUUGAUACAGAGCCAGCUGUUUAUGAUGUUCAUGUCAUUGAUGGUAAAACUGAACUUAGGAAAGAAGAAAGUAAAUCAUCAAUGUAUACUGCAUUGGAUGGAUCCCAGGAUUUGACUCCUACAUUUGGAGCUUCUGCAAGCAGUGAGUUAGUACAAGCUUUUCCAAGCACAAGCCGGGUAGAUACUGAACCUAAAAUUAAUACAAGUUCUUUGGAAGUGCGUUGUGGGUUACCAAUGUUGGAUAACUCCCAAUGCAAAACCUUGGUCAUUGACUCAACAAAGAAUUCUUUGUCUGCAGUAAAUAGUGAAAGGUGGAAGAUUGACACUGAGGUUGAACUUACAAAUGCUAGAAGAGAUAAAAGAGAAGUUAGCUUCCUCUUCCUCUUCUGA